UGAGCGCGAUGUCACUCCUUUAGCAUGACCUCAAACGCGGCGGGGGCUGGGACCGCCAGUCAUUCUCCGUGCAAGGGCCGGGGCGGGAGGCAGGCGGGACCCAGCCCCGCCGCCAGCCCCACUUUUGUGGUGCCGCCGCCGUCGCGGUCUCCCCUUUCUCCGCGGGGCUGGCCGCGGGGCGGGCGAUGCUCCGGGCUCCCUGAGCCGCCGCACCGCGUCCCCGGCCGAGGUGCCCCGCGGAGCGGCGCGGUCCAGCGGCGGCUCCCCGGCGCGCCCCGUGUCCCCCUCCCCGCUGUCCCCACGCCGCGCGGAGGUCGCGCAGGAUGCCGCGGAGGGGAGCGGAGGCGCCGCUGGCCCUGCUGCUGGCGGCGGCGUGGCUGGCGCAGCCCCUGCGCGGCGGCUACCACGGCGUGAGCAUGUUCGCCGUGCAGAGCGCCCAGCCCGACCCCUGCUACGACGAGCACGGGCUGCCCCGCCGCUGCAUCCCCGACUUCGUCAACUCGGCCUUCGGGAAGGAGGUGAAGGUGUCCAGCACCUGCGGGAAGCCGCCGUCGCGGUACUGCGUGGUGACGGAGAAGGGCGAGGAGCAGGUCCGCACCUGCCACCUCUGCAACGCCUCCGACCCCAAGCGCGCCCACCCGCCCUCCUUCCUCACCGACCUCAACAACCCGCACAACCUGACCUGCUGGCAGUCCGACAGCUACGUCCAGUAUCCCCACAACGUCACCCUCACCCUGUCCCUCGGCAAGAAAUUCGAGGUGACCUACGUCAGCCUGCAGUUCUGCUCGCCGCGCCCCGAGUCCAUGGCCAUCCACAAGUCCAUGGACUACGGCAAGACCUGGGUGCCUUUCCAGUUCUACUCCACGCAGUGCCGCAAGAUGUACAACAAGCCGAGCCGCGCCGCCAUCACGAAGCAGAACGAGCAGGAGGCGGUGUGCACCGACUCGCACACCGACGUGCGGCCCCUCUCCGGCGGCCUCAUCGCCUUCAGCACCCUGGACGGCCGCCCCACCGCCCACGACUUCGACAACUCGCCCGUGCUGCAGGACUGGGUGACGGCCACCGACAUCAGGGUGACCUUCAGCCGCCUGCACACCUUCGGCGACGAGAGCGAGGACGACUCCGAGCUGGCCCGCGACUCCUACUUCUACGCCGUGUCCGACCUGCAGGUCGGCGGGCGCUGCAAGUGCAACGGGCACGCGUCGCGCUGCGUCCGGGACCGCGACGACAGCUUGGUGUGCGACUGCAAGCACAACACGGCCGGCCCCGAGUGCGACCGCUGCAAGCCCUUCCACUACGACCGGCCCUGGCAGCGAGCGACGGCCCGGGAGGCCAACGAGUGCGUGGCCUGCAACUGCAACCUGCACGCGCGGCGCUGCCGCUUCAACAUGGAGCUGUUCAAGCUGUCGGGGCGCAAGAGCGGCGGCGUGUGCCUCAACUGCCGGCACAACACGGCGGGCAGGCACUGCCACUACUGCAAGGAGGGCUUCUACCGCGACCUCAGCAAGCCCAUCUCCCACCGCAAGGCCUGCAAAGAGUGCGACUGUCACCCCGUGGGUGCCGCCGGCCAGACCUGCAACCAGACCACGGGCCAGUGUCCCUGCAAGGACGGCGUCACCGGCAUCACCUGCAACCGCUGCGCCAAGGGCUACCAGCAGAGCCGCUCCCCCAUCGCCCCCUGCAUAAAGAUCCCGGCUGCUCCGCCCACCACGGCCGCCAGCAGCGCCGAGGAGCCCGCAGAUUGUGACUCGUACUGCAAAGCCUCCAAGGGGAAGCUGAAGAUCAACAUGAAGAAGUACUGUAAGAAGGACUAUGCUGUCCAGAUCCACGUCCUGAAAGCCGAGAAGAACGCGGACUGGUGGAAGUUCACGGUGAACAUCAUCUCCGUCUACAAGCAGGGCAGCAACCGCAUCCGGCGCGGCGACCAGACCCUGUGGAUCCACUCCAAGGACAUCGCCUGCAAGUGCCCCAAAAUCAAGCCCAUGAAGAAGUAUUUGCUGCUGGGCAACAACGAGGACUCUCCCGACCAGAGCGGCAUCAUUGCGGACAAAACCAGCCUGGUGAUCCAGUGGCGGGACACGUGGGCCCGGCGGCUGCGGAAGUUCCAGCAGCGGGAGAAGAAGGGGAAGUGUAAGAAAGCCUAAAGGAGGAGGAGGAGAGGGAGAGACUGACUGUGCAUGCUGCUUUGUGUAGAGCUGGGGCGGGCAGGGACCGGCUG